AUCCCUCAGUUUGUCCUGUUCGAUGAUCAGCCGCAAAGCCAGCGCAAGAUGAUUGCUUGUACCCAGCCUCGCCGAGUGGCUGCUAUGUCAGUAGCGCAACGUGUGGCUGCUGAGUUGGAUGUCAAGCUCGGAGAAGAAGUGGGUUAUAGUAUCCGUUUUGAGGACAUGACAGGCCCCAAGACAUGUCUUAAGUAUAUGACGGAUGGUAUGCUACUGAGGGAAGCCAUGAACGACCACAACUUAAAUCGGAAGUCGUACAGCGGCGACCAGAUUUGAAGAUCAUCAUCAUGUCUGCUACUCUUGAUGCCCAAAAGUUCCAGCGCUACUUCAACGAUGCCCCUCUCCUUGCAGUUCCUGGUCGUACUCACCCAGUUGAGAUUUUUUACACCCCCGAGCCUGAGCAGGAUUAUGUGGAGGCCGCCAUUCGCACGGUCCUACAGAUCCACGCUACAGAGGACGAAGGCGAUAUACUUCUAUUCUUGACUGGUGAGGAAGAGAUUGAGGAUGCUGCACGAAAAAUUACACUAGAAGGAGAUGAGAUGGUGAGAGAAGCCGAUGCUGGCCCCUUGAAAGUCUACACACUGUACGGCAGUCUUCCUCCGCACAUGCAGCAACGCAUCUUCGACCCGGCACCACCUCCUCGCCGCCCUGGAGGUCGUCCCGGUAGGAAGGUCAUUGUUUCCACUAACAUUGCCGAAACUUCGCUUACAAUUGAUGGUAUCGUCUACGUCGUGGAUCCUGGUUUCUCCAAGCAAAAGAUCUAUAACCCUCGCAUUCGAGUCGAGUCCCUCCUAGUGUCGCCCAUCUCUAAAGCCUCUGCACAGCAAAGAGCAGGUCGUGCAGGUCGUACGCGUCCCGGAAAAUGCUUUCGUCUUUACACGGAAGCUGCUUUCAAGAAAGAAUUGAUUGAUCAGACGUAUCCUGAAAUUUUACGGUCCAACCUCUCAUCGACUGUGCUAGAGUUGAAGAAACUUGGAAUUGACGAUCUUGUUCACUUCGACUUGAUGGACCCUCCAGCCCCAGAAACGCUUAUGAGAGCCCUUGAAGAACUUAAUUACUUAGCAUGUCUUGAUGAUGAUGGCAACCUAACUCAGCUUGGACGCCUUGCCUCAGAGUUCCCUCUUGAUCCUGUGCUUGCCGUCAUGCUGAUCAGCUCGCCUGAAUUCUAUUGUUCGAAUGAAAUUCUUUCGAUUACGGCCUUGCUUUCGGUUCCUCAGGUGUUUGUGAGACCCGCAUCUCAGCGAAAGCGGGCGGAUGAGAUGAAGAAUCUUUUUUCGCACCCUGAUGGUGACCACCUUACUCUCCUCAAUGUAUACCAUGCUUUCAAGGGCCCAGAGGCGCAAGAAAAUCUGAAACAGUGGUGCCAUGACCAUUUCCUUUCCCUGCGAUCCCUCCAGUCAGCAGAUAAUGUGCGCAUGCAGCUCCUGCGGAUCAUGGAACGUGAGGAACUAGAGAUGAUCUCGACACCAUUUGAGGACAAGAAGUACUAUGAAAAUAUCCGGCGCGCUCUGUGCGCAGGAUUCUUUAUGCAGGUCGCGAAGAAGGAGUCGUCAGGCAAGAGCAAGUACACGACCAUCAAGGACAACCAGAACGUCCUCUUGCACCCGUCGACCGUCCUAGGCCAUGAUGCCGAAUGGGUUCUGUACAAUGAAUUUGUGCUUACGACGAAGAACUACAUCAGAACUAUAACAGCAGUUAAGCCCGAGUGGCUCAUUGAUAUUGCACCUACUUAUUAUGAUAUCUCUGGUUUCCCUAAGGGCGAAAUCCGCUCUGCAUUGCUCCGUGCCGCAGAGAGGUUGUCUCGUAAGGAGAAAAUGCGUGCCGAUCCCGGCCGGAGACGUUGAUUUGUCCUAAAUUCUAUGUCUGUAGACAGUUCAUCAUUCUUCUUGCUAUGUUUCUUUUUCUGGGCGUUGAUCUAAAGAAAUGCUCUUUUCCCGUAUCUAAACCGCCGUGGAGUUUAGUUGUGUGCACUUCCUAUUCUGAUGGGAUGCAGUUAGACUUGGUUACCCACAGUGUCCUUAAUGUUAUAGAGAGGACCGCUGCAGACAGAUAUCCCUGCGUCUUAUGAAAAUAAAAAGAUUGAAUUUGUCCGGCGUAUGUUUCGUAAUAAAAGCUAUUUUAUAUCAGUCUACAUUUCUAAAU